AUGUCGUUUAUGGGGUUUGCUGUUGUAACGCAUGGACUGCCCUGCAUUGGCCUUACCUACCACUUGCAGUGCCCAUUGAGAUUGAGUACGCUAGAUUACCAAUACCGGCUACACAAGCUCAUGAUUCAUCACACAAGCAAUCUACAAGUUACGUAUAUGUACCGCAUUUGUGUCCCCCGACAUGUCGAAUCCCUCUGGCCCUGCCAAAGUGGGAGGAUUCAAGCUCGGCUCAUGACCAGGGCGCAAUUAUAG